AGAGCAGGAAGUGCCUCAGCACGACACUGACAGUUAUCUAUCAUGGCCCUUGAUGUGAAAAGCAGAGCCAAGCGGUACGAGAAGCUGGAUUUCCUCGGAGAGGGUCAGUUUGCCACAGUGUACAAAGCCAGGGACAAACUGACCGACACAAUAGUUGCCAUUAAAAAGAUUAAGGUUGGCCACAGGACUGAGGCUAAAGAUGGAAUUAAUCGGACUGCACUCAGAGAAAUAAAACUGCUGCAGGAGCUCCAUCAUCCAAACAUUAUCGGGCUGUUGGAUGCUUUUGGACAUAAAUCAAACAUCAGCCUGGUGUUUGAUUUCAUGGAAACAGACCUGGAGGUUAUCAUCAAAGACACUAGUUUAGUCUUAACUCCAGCCAACAUCAAAGCCUACAUCCUCAUGACUCUGCAGGGAUUAGAGUAUAUGCACCAGCACUGGGUCCUACACAGGGAUCUGAAGCCCAAUAAUCUGUUGUUAGAUGGCAGUGGGGUGUUGAAGUUGGCUGAUUUUGGUUUGGCCAAGUCUUUUGGCAGUCCUAGCAGAGUCUACACGCAUCAAGUUGUUACCAGGUGGUACCGAUCACCUGAGCUCCUGUUUGGUGCCAGGAUGUACGGUGUGGGUGUUGACAUGUGGGCAGUGGGAUGCAUCUUGGCAGAGUUGCUGCUUCGGGUUCCGUUCCUUGCUGGAGACUCGGAUCUCGACCAGCUUACUAAGAUCUUUGAGGCUCUGGGAACACCCACAGAAGAAACGUGGCCUGGCUUGAGUAGUCUACCAGACUAUGUGUCCUUCAAAAUAUUCCCCGGCACACCGCUGGAACAUAUAUUUAGUGCAGCUGGAGACGAUUUACUUGAGCUGCUACAAGGUCUCUUUACCUUUAACCCUUCAGCGAGGACCACAGCUACACAGGCUCUAAAGAUGAGGUACUUCAGCAAUCGGCCUGGUCCCACUCCUGGUCCCCAGCUCCCCCGGCCAAACUGUUCGGCCGAGGCUUUGAGGGAGAAGGAGACAGUCGGGCUCAAGAGAAAAAUUGAAGGCCUGGAGAAUACUGCAAUGAAGAAGAAGCUCAUUUUCUGACCAGGGACCGGGUUAAAUCCGAGGAUCACCACUGCAUGGCUCAGCUUCCUGCAUUUCUCAGGACUGUCCACUGGAAAAAGAAAAGGGAAAAAAGUCUAUAACCAGCAGAGGCUCCCUCACGUGUGGUUGACUUUAGGACAUUUUAGAAGUUGUAGCCAGCGUAUGUGAAUCGUUAACUCUAAAAUGCUGCUGUGUCCAGAUGGCCAGCGAUUGAUCUACAGCAGAGGGCUGUUGUCAGUAGCGUUGGCUCUGGUCCUCCUUCACUGAUGACUAAACUUUGUGAGCCUGUGGGGAAAAACGUCUAUUUAUGUGUGUGAAAAAGAAAAACAAACCAACAUGUGAGGAUUUAUUUCAUGUGAAUGUUUUUGUAUUGUUAUUAUUUUGUAUGCCACAGCAAUAAAAGCUGCGUAUGCUCAUGUUGAAGUUU